GCAAACUGAAAGCGCAGUUGAGGGACACUUUUAAAAAGUAAGAAUAAUAACUUUUUUGCGCCGCUUCUUGUGAAAGAUUUUGCAAUUUGUCAUGCAGUCCAGCGCGGACGGCCAUAACUGCAGUUUUAGUUUGGCCCUGGCAAGGUUCUAGGCAGGACAAAGAGGGCUUUCUGAAAGUUUCAAUCUAAGGACCGAAAUUGCCGCGCUCUGUCAAGCCCUUCCUGUCUCUGCUGCACACAAGGGAGAGAAGAGAGAGAGAAAAAUCACAAGAGAGAGAGAGAGAGAAAAAAAGUGAAACCACACCCUGAUGUGAUGGAUUGGGUUAAAGUGCAGAUCCCCAGACAGAGAGGCUAAUGGCGGAGAGAUCACAGUCCAAGCUGAUACUCCCAUAAGUGAAACUUGAGGAGUUUGGCGGGCGGGCGGAACAGGAGAAACUUCAGAGCAGAAACCGAGGCGUAACUUACAAGAGCUGAGAAGCUGAGCCGAAACUUAACGUUUUGCAAGGGGCAAGAAGCUGACUCGCGGCUUACAAGAGAAAUUUACAGAGGAAGCUGAAAUUUUACAAGAGGGAUCCAAUUGAAACUUUAACAGGAUGAAUUGAGAUGAAAUUUAAGAAGAGGGAAUCCAGUCUGAAUUUACAAGAGGAAUUGAGCUGAAAUGUAACAGGAGGGAAUCCAGUUGAAACUUCCAAGAGCAAAUGUGGUGAAAUUUAACAGGAGGAAUCCAGUCGAAAUUUACAAGAGGAAUCGAGGUGAAAUUUAACAGGAGGAAUCCGAUCGAAAUUUACAAGAGGAAUCGAGGUGAAAUUUAACAGGAGGAAUCCGAUCGAAAUUUACAAGAGGAAUCGAGGUGAAAUUUAACAGGAGGAAGCCAAUCGAAAUUUACAAGAGGAAUCGAGGUGAAAUUUAACAGGAGGAAGCCAAUCGAAAUUUACAAGAGGAAUCGAGGUGAAAUUUAACAGGAGGAAUCCGAUCGAAACUUACAAGAGGUUGCGUGAGAAACCGGCACCCGGAGAGUAAACAGGCGCAAAAAUAACAAGUACAACAGAGAAAUCAAACUUUUUCCAAACAAAACUUCCCUCGCCCCUUUUUCAAACUCCCCUCCCCCAGAACGAAACUUUCUGGUUUGUCCUGUCGCUGCUUUGAGAGUUUCCUCCACUGGAGUUUCUCCGCUCUAAGUUAUUCAUUUCAACUUGCGUGAGUUUUAAUUUUGCGGGAAAACUUGAAAGGAGGGACAGACCACAAGAGGACCAGACCCCCGAAAGAAGUCCAGCUUCCCCACCACCACCCCCGCCCCGCCACCACCACUGAAUGACUGGUUGGAUUAUAACUUGGUGCCCGCGAAUCCUGGAGGCGCUUUAUGGAUUUGCAAAGCCUUGCCUGCAGCCCAUAGUGGGGCUGAGAGAGGGGAAGAGGGAGAGAUUCCAAGAGGGGCAAACCAGGAAUUAACCAUCCGCCUUGGCUCGCCUGUCAGAGGUUCCCAGGACCCGGGGAAAGAAGGCUCUGACAGUGAUGGUGCUACCCAGGUAAGACCAGGAGGUCCCCACCCCCUCCCCUCAUCACCAUGGUGGAGCCUCACUGGAAGAAUCUUUUUAGCAGGACUUCCCUGAGCGCCUGGAGCUCAGCCAAGCCUCACGGGCCGGAGGGGGCCUACACUAACCCCAUCUGGACGGCCCUGUUCGACUAUGAAGCCCACUGCAAGGACGAAUUGACGCUGCGCAAGGGCGACCUGGUUGAGGUGCUGUCCAGGGACUCGGCCAUCUCAGGCGAUGAGGGCUGGUGGGCUGGCAAGCUCCACAACAAGGUGGGCAUCUUCCCCUCCAACUACGUCUCCCUCAAGCCGCCGGCCGGCUACGCCAAGCUGCCGGCGGGCCGGGCAGAGGAGCUGGCAGCCCCGGCGGAGGUGGCCUUCCAAGAGCUGACCCUGCAGGAAGUGAUCGGGGUGGGGGGUUUCGGCAAGGUCUACCGGGGCACCUGGAAGGGGCAGCUGGUCGCAGUGAAAGCGGCCCGGCAGGACCCCGACGAGGACAUCAGCGCCACGGCUCAGAACGUCAAGCAGGAGGCCCGGCUCUUCGCCAUGCUGGGGCACCCCAACAUCAUCGCCCUGCUGGGGGUGUGCCUGCAGGAGCCCAACCUCUGCCUCAUCAUCGAGUAUGCGUCCGGGGGACCCCUGAACCGGGCGCUGGCCGGACGCCGGAUCCCACCCCACGUGCUGGUCAACUGGGCUGUGCAGAUUGGCAAGGGGAUGCAGUACCUCCACGAUGGCGCCAUCGUACCCGUCAUCCAUCGCGACCUCAAGUCCAACAACGUCCUAUUGUCACAGCCCAUCGAUGACGACAACAUGGAAGGCAACACAUUGAAGAUCACAGAUUUUGGCCUUGCCCGUGAGUGGCACAAGACGACCAAGAUGAGCACGGCGGGCACCUAUGCCUGGAUGGCCCCCGAGGUCAUCAAGACUUCUACCUUUUCGAAAGGAAGCGAUGUGUGGAGCUACGGGGUGCUGCUGUGGGAGCUGUUAACUGGAGAGGUCCCCUACAGGGGGAUCGAUGGACUAGCAGUCGCCUACGGAGUGGCUGUCAACAAGCUGACCCUGCCCAUUCCCUCGACCUGCCCGGAACCGUUUGCUCAGCUAAUGGCAGAAUGCUGGGAUGAGGACCCUCACCGUCGGCCGCAGUUUGCCUCCAUCCUGGAGCAGCUGACGGCCAUCGAGGAGCAGGUGCUGCUGGAGGUACCCCAGGAAUCCUUUCACUCCAUGCAGGAAGACUGGAAGCUGGAGAUCCAAGAAAUGUUCAACGAGCUGCGGGCCAAGGAGAAGGAGCUGCUGUGUCGGGAGGAGGAGUUGAAGAGGGCGGCCCUGCAGCAGAAGUCACACGAGGAGUCUCUGCGACAACGGGAGCACGCCCUGCUGCAGUGGGAGCGCGAUGUCUUCGAGCGCGAGCUCAGUCUCCUCAUCUACCAGAUGAACGCAGAGAAGCCCAACGUGAAGAAAAGGAAGGGCACGUUUAAGAAGAACAAACUGAAGGUGAAAGACGGUCAUCGCAUCAGCCGGCCAAUCGAUUUCCAGCACAAGCUCACUGUCCAAGCAUCUCCAGUGCUCAACAAGAAGAAAGGCUUGUUUGAAGUCGGCUCCAGUUCACCCAACAUCUCAUCCUUCGUCCCACGGCUCAGGGCGAUUCAGUUGAUUCCCAACCAGCCCAAUGGGGCAUGGAGCAGGAGUCCGGCCUGGGGCCCUGAAAAUUCCGAUAUGGACGAAUGUGGGAAAGGAGAGAGGGGACCGGGAUGCACCUGGGGAAACCACUCGGCCAAACUCUGGGAAGUCCCAGCUGACGAAAGGCUAAGACCCCGACCGGACAUUUGGAGCGCAGAGACUGAGAAUGAAGGGCCGACUCUCUCCUUAGCAAGCUUGAUUGCAGGCACUAUCUCAGGUGACCACGCCAGGAACGGGGUCCUGGUUUCCAUCGACAGCGGCUCUGCCGAUUGCCUACCUCACGCCAGCCACGACGGGUACAAGGAUGCCAGGAGCGGCGAUGACUUGGACGAGCCCCCUCGGCAGGAGUUUAAGACCGCGGGCCGGGCGCUGUUGGGCGGCGCCGCCGUGCUGGCGUCCGUGGCGCUGGGAUGGGACCUGGCGAGGCUGCGCCUGCCGGAGGCCGAGGCUGGGGGUUCCCGCAGCAGCCAGAGCUCGCCCCAGGUCACGCACCGCAAGAAGGCGCGCAAGGAGCAGGAUGGCGGCGACCUGAUCUGCUUCCCCGCCGGGACGCCGGUGGAUCUGAGGGGCCCCGAGCCCCCCCAGGCCGGGGGAGACCAGGGCCCGGCCCAGGGCGGCCGGCCGGAGCUCCCGGUCAGUCCGGAGGCCGGCCGGGUCAGAGGCCAGGGCCUGGCGGUGGCCGGCGAGCUGCUGUCAGGACCCCCGGUGACUCCGCGGAGGGACAGGAAACAUGGCGGCGGAGUGAGGCUGGCGGAGAUCUGCACCGAGGCUGCAGGAAACCCUUUCGCUUCCGGGACCGCGCAGGAUCGGGAUGGCGCCGGACUACCGCCUGCCUCCGACCAUCCCCACCGGAGGCCCUGGCUCCGGACGGAGCAUCCCAAGACCAGCGCCCUCCCCAGGCCUCGGCCCUCCCGGACACGAGCCAGGAUCGACCCCUGGAGCUUCGUCUCCGCUGGCACGUGUGAUCUGGGCCGGACUGCGGGCAGCCCGCCGCUCACCCCCGACCCCUUCAGCACCCCGGGGCUGCGGGCACGCCCCCACCCGACGAACCCCUUCGCCGACCCCCUUCCGAGGGCGGUGCCCUCGACCCGGCUGUGCCCCCCGGGGCCCUACAACCCUUUCGCCAGCCCCGGAGACGCAGCCGCCUUCUGCCCGUUCCCGCCCCCCACCUCCGACCCCUUCAGCACCGCAGUGGAAAGAGCCGGUUUCUCCAGCUGCCCGCCUCCCGGACUGACCUCUGACCCCUCCGCCGAGCGGCUGCCGUCGCCAGGAACGAAAGACGAGAGCCUGAUUGACUUGGACACAGAGAUAUGGACCAAAAUCGUCACCACCCCACCGAGCUAGGAUGCGCGGGCGGUAUGCGGCAAGUCGAUGCUAAGGUGGGUUACUAACUCCUUGUGGCUGUGUUCCUGGAGGAUUGACCUUCCGCCUGCAACCGCCCCACUCGGUCGAAAAGCCAUUUUAUACCAAAUAGCGAAAAGAAAGUAAAAUCACCUACUUAUUUUACAACCGCACCCUCCUCUCCCUUCACCGCCCAGGAUUUUACCUCCACGAGUGGUUCCGUUCGCAGCCUGGCGCCGGAGGUCGAUUUCUUUUUCUCGUUCCUGUGGACCCCUGGGGCGACCCUGAACGGCUGGCAACGUUACGUCUCAUCGUCGCCGUCCACGCCAACCGAG